AUGAACGAAGACGUGAAUACUGUGAGCCCGACGUUAGGCUUUAUCAUCAAGACUAUCGACUUUCAGGGGUAUAAACUCAACAUUUGGGAUGUGGGAGGACAGAAGACGAUUCGGUCUUACUGGCGGAACUACUUCGAGAAGACGGACGCACUGAUAUGGGUAGUCGAUUCGACUGACCGCCUUCGUGUCGGCGAAUGCAGGGCUGAGCUCAAGGAGUUACUGCGAGAGGAGAGAUUAUCCGGUGCCAGUCUGCUGAUCUUUCUCAACAAGACGGAUGUGGCUGGUUGUAUGAACGAGAUAGAAGUACAACAGAAACUCGAUCUCGAUAGUAUCGCUACACACAAAUGGAUUAUCCUCGAGUGUAGUGCUAUGACAGGACGAAACCUCGAGGCAGGUCUGGCGUGGGUCAUCCAAGACGCGCGAGAUCGCUUGUUCUUAUAUUGA